AGCAUGGCCCCCUUCUUGUUACGACUCCUAAUUCAGAUUGAUUGCAGACCGCAUUUACCCUCUUCUGUCCCUUUGCUCCCAGGCAACAUGCCGUGUGAACAUUUCAAUGGCUCUUCUUCCUCCUCGGCGCUCAAGUCCAAGACAGGAGAUGGCCCACUUCGCCAUUUCCCAUGGCGUGAUUGAAGAUGUUCCUGAAUGCAGUCACUCCAGACCUACUUUUGUGCCUCCCUCUUCACCCCUUCCUGGGCCCGAUUGCCCCAAUUCUCAACUACCCACCAUUAGAAAAGUAGCGGAGAGAUCAAUCAGAGGCAAUAUGGCCAAAAGGAUCGGCUAAAGAUAAAAGGAGCUGGGUCUAAUCAUUCUGAUUUCCAGGAUCUCUUUUCCUCUGAUCUUCUUCCCCUCCCCAUGUGCUCGCCUGCUGUUGUUGCGUCCCUUCUUCCCUAUAUAGACGCAUCCAUCACCUCCCCAUAAUUCAUAAGUCUCAACCAUGGACUGGUUCGGUUGGCUGUCUAAGACCGGUCUCGAGCCUUCGUUGGUCUAUGAGUACGGCCUCACGUUCGCGCGUAAUGAGCUCGAAGAAGACGAUAUCGCAUACUUCAGCCAUGACUUCCUGCAGAGCAUGGGCAUCACGGUGGCCAAACACAGGCUAGAGAUACUCAAGCUUGCGAAGAAGGAGCGAGGGGGAAGGCCGCAGCCGUUGUCUAGACUGCUUGCUGCGAUUCGGAGAUCUCAGAGGUACGUCUUCAACCGCCUGCAUGAUUGGCUUGUUACUAGGGAGUCUUCCUCCCUUGCGAUCGUGCCGAAGUCCAACCGGAAUAGGAGUUGGAAGGUAAGGAAGGCCCGGAGGUUGAUGUCUGCCAACUCGAGCAGACUUCUUCUCACCAAUGGCAGCACCAAUGGCAGGUCCACUGCCGUUGUUCGGCCGGCAACUCCCGGUGGAAGUCCCCUGGCUUUUAGUUUCAAGAAUGAUUAUGCUGAUGGCGGUUCAGUUUCUCCAUAUGCGAAAGAAGAAAUUCAUUGGUCUUCAAUGUUUCAGGAUUUGAAACCCACAUGAAUGAAUGAAUGAAUGAGUUUUUCUUUUUUCUUUUUGCCUGUGAAUUUGUAUAUGAAGAGGGCCGUCUUUUCUGGAUAGUGGGAGUGCUUGCGCUUUGCAGCAGCCUCCCCUCUUUAUCAGCAAGAUGCCAUGAACCCUCUCUGUUUCUGGGUUUUUCUCAUACUUUUUUGAGAUUUUUGUGGAUCAUGUUAAACCGAGAAUACUAAGAAUGUUUUUGCCUGUAUGAAUUGUAUAACAUUUACGCCUGAAA